CUGUAACAUUUGCUUGCUCGUCCUUGCCGUCAUCACGCUUUGCCCUCCAUCAAACUAAAACGUCAUUCAUUGUAGGGUGUGGACACGCUGCCAUUACGUGCGUUAUCGGCAGAUGAUAUUCUAUCUACUCUGAACAAGGAACGGUUUGCUUGAGUCGAGGAGAGGACCAGAUGGCGUCGGCGACGAUAGAGUCGCCAUCGCGGCCCCAGAUGGAGAUGGACGACCGGUCACCGAGCGAGCGUCCCCAAUCGCCGCCUCGUCGUUAUCGGUCAGUAUCCCGAGACUCGCGCGACUCACGGGACGCCUCACCGCCGCCGCGACGCCGGAUUUCCAACGACCGUUCUUUCUCACCACAUCCCCGGGACCGGUCCCAUUCUCGAGACUCACGGCGCUCACGAGAUAUCUCCCCUCCUCGUCGCAAACGGUCCUUAUCCCAAGAACCCCGAGACAUCUCCACCCAUCGUCGCAACCGAUCUUUAUCCCGAGAACCGCGAGGUUUACGAGACGCUUCGCCGCCGCGUCGAGAACGAUCACCGGACCGAUUUCCACCAAGAAGACAGUCGCCGCCUGCUCGCCCGCGCCGCGAUGCCGACCGAUACCGACCAGCCAAGAAGGAGCGCACGCCGCCUCCAGAACCCCCGGCCAAGACGGAGGAGGAAAAGCUCGCCGACGCGAGGGCCGAGUACCAGAAGUUGCUCAACCUGCGCAGCCAGGGCGUGUAUAUGCCCCCUCAUAAGUUGCGCGCCCUCCAGGCUGCCAUCACCGACAAGAGCAGCAAAGAAUAUCAGAGGAUGGCCUGGGACGCCUUGAAGAAAUCCAUCAACGGUCUUGUCAACAAGGUCAACACAGCCAACAUCAAGUUUGUCGUGCCGGAACUGUUUAGCGAGAAUCUCAUCCGUGGCCGCGGCCUGUUCUGUCAGAGUUUGCUCAAGGCCCAGCAUGCUAGCUUACCCUUUACUCCGAUCUAUGCCUGCUUGGCUGCCAUCUGCAACACAAAAUUGCCCCAGGUGGGCGAGCUGCUGGUUAAGCGGUUGAUCAUGCGAUUCCGAAAGGCAUUCAAGCGGAACGACAAGGCCGUGUGUCUGUCUUCGACCAUGUUUAUAGCCCAUCUGGUGAACAACCAGGUAGUGCACGAGAUGCUGGCGGCUCAGAUCCUGCUUUUGUUGCUUCAAAAGCCAACCGACGACAGCGUCGAGAUUGCCGUUGGGCUCAUGCGCGAGGUUGGCUUGUUUUUGGAGGAGAUGUCCCCUGCGAUUGCCCACGCCGUUUUCGACCAGUUCCGCAACAUCCUGCACGAGGCCGACAUCGACCGCCGUACGCAGUACAUGAUCGAGGUCUUGUUCCAGGUGCGCAAGGACAAAUACAAGGAUAACCCGGUUAUCAAGGAGGAGCUGGACUUGAUUGAGGAGGAGGACCAGAUCACCCAUCGUAUUGAUCUGCUCGACGACUCCAUCAACACCGAGGACAGUCUCAAUGUUUUCAAGUUUGAUCCAGAUUGGGAGGCCAACGAGGAGGAAUACAAACGAUUAAAGGCAGAGAUCUUGGGCGAAGGGAGCGAUGCGGAGGACGAGGACGAGGACGAGAGCGAGAGCGAGUCUGAGGAAGAGGACGAGGAGCAGAAGGCGAUCGAGAUCAAGGACCAAAGCAAUGCGGACCUUGUCAACCUCAGACGAACCAUCUAUCUCAGCAUUCAGUCGAGCGCGGACCCGGAGGAAGCCGCCCACAAACUGAUGAAGCUUCGACUGCCUCCCGGCCAGGAGCCCGAGCUAGUCUCCAUGAUUAUUGAGUCGUGCGCGCAGGAGAAGGUGUACCUGAAGUUCAUGGGCCUGCUAGGAGAGCGAUUUGCACGGUUGAACCGGAUGUGGAUGGAUCUGUUGGAGGAGUCGUUCGCAAAGUACUACUCGACCAUCCAUCGCUACGAGACAAACAAGCUACGGAACAUUGCUCGCUUCUUUGGCCAUCUCCUCGCCACGGAUGCCAUCGGUUGGCACGUCCUCUCAGUCAUCCACCUAAACGAAGAGGAGACCACAUCGGCGAGCCGCAUCUUUGUCCAAAUCCUUCUGCAAGACCUGCAGGAAAAUAUGGGCACGGUCAAGCUGAAAGCGCGGAUGAGCGACGAGGCGCUACAGCCCAGCCUGCAGGGCAUGUUCCCUCACGAUAACCCGCGCAACAUUCGUUUCGCCAUCAAUUACUUCACAGUUAUCAAGAUGGGUUUCCUGACGGACGAGAUGCGAACAUUCUUGGCCAACAUGCCCAAACCUGCACUGCCCGCGGCCCCGAGGCCGGUCACCUUCACGGUCUCCUUCCCGCUCUCCGUCCGGCUCUCCGUCCCGCUCUCGUGCGCGCUCCCUUUCUCGCUCCCCUUCCCGUUCGCCUCCUCCACGGCGCCGAGCCCGCAAGAAUUGGAGCCGGAGCCCGAGUCGCAGCCGAAGUCGAAGCAGGAGCUACUACUCCCGCUCACCAACACGCUCACCUUCGCGCUCGCCCCCACCGCAACGCCGUGUCCGGGCGCGCACCCGCAGCAGGUCUUGGUCGUCUCGUUCUCGCUCACCUAG